UCCGCCCCUGGAGAAUAAGCAGGAAGAGCUACAUUUUGGUCAGACUUGUAGACCAGCCCAAAGUCUGACAAGUUUUGUCUUGGUUUCUAAAACGGAAGCGAUAACCUGAAAAUGAGACGAGGAGUUGGAGUAGCAGCAGCGAGAAACAAAUCUCUAGCUCAGGCUCGCUACAAAAACAAGGGCAAUGAGUUGGAACAGAAUCAGUUGGCACAGAUGGCCAAACAGAUGGAGAUGUUUAAGGUGAAUCUGGAGGAGUUUGCUGUCAAACACAAGGAUGACAUCAGAAAGGACCCGGAGUUUCGAGUUAGCUUCCAGGAGAUGUGUGCCUCCAUAGGGGUGGAUCCACUGGCAUCGAGUAAAGGUUUCUGGGCGGAGAUGCUGGGGGUGGGAGACUUUUACUAUGAACUCGGGGUACAGAUUGUGGAAGUGUGUUUAGCAACUAACCAUAGGAAUGGCGGACUGAUCGGUAUAGAGGAGUUGAGAGAUAAGGUGAUGGCAUCUCGGGGAAAGAAGAGCCAAGCCAUUACUCUGGAUGACUUAUUACGUGCAAUAAAGAAGCUGAAAGUUCUUGGGAAUGGUUUCACUCUGAUUUCAUUGGGGAAAAGCUAUAUGGUGCAGAGUGUGCCAGGGGAGUUAACCAUGGAUCAUACCAAACUCUUACAGGAGGCACAGAACGAGGGAUUCGUGUCCAUGAAAUCCUUAAUGGCUUCUCUGAAGUGGGAAGAAGAGCGAGUCAUGAGAGCUCUGGACUAUAUGGUGAAGGAAGGCCUCGCCUGGGUGGAUGAUCAGGGAUCGGGUGACAGACAAUACUGGUUCCCCAGUUUCUUCCCAGAAAUUGCCUCUGUCACAUGAUGUUGUCAUCAACGUAGACAACGACUUUGUAAUGUGUUACAUAAAAUUGUAUGUAAAUGGUGAAAUGCGGAAAGCAAACUGUGUAAAAAUGACUCCGUUUGUGCACAUUAAUGUCAGCUUGUAGUCUAUAGGAGUCCACUUCACUACCAGCAGAAUUAUCAUCUGUGUCUAACUUACUACUGAUCAUGGACUGACAAAUACCUAACUAUCAAUUUAAAUUUCACACCAUGACUGAGUGAAGAACAGUUAGUUUUAUGAUAAAGGCGUAUUUGAUUACGACUGUCAUAUUGUAUCUAAUGUUAUCAUUAUAAGUAGUAUAGAGCUGUUGAAUAAAUGAAUGAUGCAAACCAA